CUCUCUGCACGGCGGACUGCGAACACACGGAACUUACAGCUCAAUCUAUUUGUUCCUCUUUUCUGAACGGACCCUGGCUGGGAGCGUCUCCGUCUCUUUUGUACCGAUCUGGAUUACCGGUUGGGACCUUGUGCACGAGCCUUUUACCUCGGAAUAUAGCAGCUCACCGCUUGGAUAUUAUCCUGGACCUUGUGGAUUAUAUUACCGACUUCAACAUGACUCUGGAGGAAGUCGUUGGAUGCAAUAUUACAGAGAAAAAGAUGGACUCAGUGACUCAGGCUCUGGAGGAGUUGCUGGUUGCAGCUCAGCGGCAGGACUGCCUGACCGUGGGAGUCUACGAGUCGGCGAAACUCAUGAAUGUGGACCCGGACAGCGUGGUGCUGUGCGUCCUGGCCACCGAUGAGGAGGAUGAAGAUGACAUCGCGCUGCAGAUCCACUUCACGCUGCUGCAGGCUUUCUGCUGCGACAACGACAUCAACAUCCUGCGCGUGUCCGGCAUGCGGCGGCUCGCGCAGCUGCUGGACGAACCCGGUACCGAGGACAGCAACGGGAACGAGCCCCGGGACCUGCACUGCAUCCUGGUCACGAACCCUCCGUGCCAGGCGCUGCAGUGCCAGGCGCUGCAGGACGUCAGCAGCUACUGCGAGGAGAGCCGCUGCAGGAACCAGUGGGUCCCCUGCCUGGAGCUGCAGGACCGCUGAGCUGCUCCCAAACAAACCGACCGACCGACCAACUGCUUCGCACCGGUGAGAGCAUGGGAAGAGCCAAGAAGCUGUCCUUCUUCAGAAAGGAGGGACCACGGCGUUAAGACGGGGGGACCGGACAGCCUGUCUGUCUGUCUGUGUGUCUGUCUGUAGGCCGGGCUGCUGAUGCUGGAGGACCAGCCUCCUCUGCAGCCACGAGGAGGAGGAGGAGGAGGAGGGGGAGGGACUGUGCAGGAGGCUUACUGAGCAGGAGCUGCAGGGCGGUGACAGAGCUGAACCCCCAUGCAGCCUGUUGAUGAGUCACAAUGUGAAUGAGUGGACUGCACGACAGCUGGCGGCGUGCCAGCGGGGCUCCCAGGGGCCGGAGCCGCUCGGUGCAGCAGCACUGACGGACUGAAGCUGCACUGAGGAGGCGGGAGCGCGGCCCUCAGGGGACGGGCCCGACUGUGGAGAUGUUCCUGAACAUGUACUGAUGUGUUGUUUGAAUCCUCUGAUGCAGAGGAAUGUGAUGUGAUGUUAUUUAACUUGAGCAGAGAAAUUAAUAUAUGACAAAAGAGUGCAAUGCUGAAACCAUGUCGACUUACUUGCUUAUCUGAAUAAAUUAUUGAACGAAA